AAAAAAUUGCUUUUGUCCAUUCGGCUCCCUCCCCCAAAUCGACACUUUAUAAAAACCUUCUGUACUUUUUUCCCCCUCCCUCUCUCCCUCUACUACCUCCAAGAUGGUAGGAAAGUUGUUGUUUUGGAGGGCAGAGGAGCCGCUCUGUGAUGUUAUGUCCUCUCGGUGCCUGUAGUGGUGCUGUAGGAGGCUGCCGGCUCUCUUCUUGAGCAGCCCCAGCAGCCCUGCCUUCUUUGCUGGAGAAUAUAUUCAGGGAUUCCCCUUAAUAAUCACCUACCCUCUGAGCACUUUGUAGUUUUAAAAUAAUAAAGAGCCCCCAAAGCUUCCUCCCCACAAAAAGCAGGAUCUCCUCAGAGCCAGGGGGGCAGCAGCUCCUCAGCACAGAGCCCGAGCCCAUUCCCAGUCCCUCUGCCGGGGAGGAAACUCUGAUCUGUCAGCCCAACAGAGGGAAAGGGGGGAGAGGAGAGAGAGGAGAAAAAAAAAGCAGCUGGAAAGACAAUCCACAUCGUCUUGAUUCAUCAUCAUUCCAGGAUAGUGGUGUCCUUGGGGCUCUCUCUUAACACUGAUAUGGUACAGAAGAUUUAAAAUCAGCUGAUGUUCACAAGGAAUAGAGUCACGUGAUGUAUGAAGGCAAACACAUACACUUCUCUGAGGUUGACAAUAAGCCCUUGUGCUCGUAUAGCCCCAAACUGUGCAAGCAGAGGCGACUUAACGGCUACGCCUUCUGUAUCAGACACGUUCUGGAGGACAAGACUGCCCCCUUCAAGCAAUGUGAAUAUGUGGCCAAGUAUAACAGCCAACGCUGCACCAACCCCAUCCCCAAAUCUGAGGACCGUAGGUACUGCAACAGCCACCUGCAGGUACUUGGCUUUAUACCGAAAAAGGAGAGGAAGAAAAAGAAUGAUCCCAUAGAGGAGGUAAAGGUCAGGCACCAGAUGGAUACUAUGGCCCUCAGUCUGACGAUGCCCACCCUGGCCUUGAAGAUGCCCAAUGGACUGGACGGGAUGUCCCUCUCCCCUCCUGGGGCUAGGCUUCCUCUCCACUACCUGGAGGCAGAACUAGAAGACCCCUUUGCUUUCAACGAGGAGGAUGAUGACCUAAAGAAAGGGGCAACGGUGAGGAAAAAGUUGCAGAGCAAGUUGGCUCAAAACCGGCAGCGCCAGAGAGAGACAGAGAUUUUAAAAGUUCGCCAAGAGCACUUUAGCCCCCUUCCUGCACCUUUGCAGCAGCAGCCUCUGCAGCAGCAGCACUCCCAUCUGCCACCUUCAUCAGCUUUGUUAAAGCCAACAGGGCUACCGCAGGGCAUAGUCUGCAAGUCACCUCAACCUCCGAACACCAGCCUACCAAUGCAGGGAGUGGCACCCACCACACACACUAUAGCACAAGCCCGGCAGUUGUCUAACAAGAGACCUCUGCCUCUCCUGCCACCUGCUAGGGCUCCCGUCACGGACCCUCCAAGGACUGAUCGGGUCCUAAUGAAAGCCACAGCCUUUUCUCCACACUCGUCCUGCAUGAGCCGGCUACAGAGACUGGUGAAACUGUGCACUCGAAAACAGCAGCUGGACACUGAUCUGUUUCCACACCUAGGGCUGGAUUGGUCUGAAGACAGUGGAGAGGAGUUGGAGGAUUCAGAGCAAACCUCCCCUUACCAGGUCGCGUGGUCUGUCCGAGAAACCCUCGGCUACGAAAGACAUGAGUCCGAUGAUGACAAUGCGGAUGACAGGAGUUCCAGGGUGACCAGACUUUGCACUUACUUUCAGCAGAAAUACAAGCACCUCUGCCGCCUGGAGCGGGCAGAAUCUCGUCAGAAGAAAUGCCGGCACACGCUCCGGAAAGCCUUGCUGCAGGCGGCCAGCAGAGAGCCAGAGCGUGCCGGGCAACUGAUCCAGGAACUCCGGAGAGCGACCUGUGCUCGUAGCAGCACAAGCCAAGCCAGGCAGAGAGAUGCAGAACCGACAACUUGUAGUGGGACUUCGAAGGGAGAACCAUGCACUAACAAGGCCCUUCCAUUCACCAGGCAUUGUUUUCAGCAUAUCUUACUGAACCGUUCUCAGCAGCUCUUCUCAAGUUGCACAGCCAAGUUUGCAGAUGGUCAGCAGUGCUCUGUGCCAGUUUUUGACAUUACACAUCAGACACCUCUGUGCGAAGAACAUGCCAAAAAAAUGGACAACUUCUUGAGGGGGGACAGCUCCCGUAAAGUUCAGCACCAGCAGCAGAGGAAACCCAGGAAAAAAACAAAGCCACCCGCACUUACCAAAAAACACAAGAAGAAGAGAAGGCGAGGCCCACGCCGGCCCCAGAAACCUAUUCCUCCUGCAGUGCCCCAAGGGAACCUCACCAUGCCUGCCAGUGUCUCACUGCCAGUAGAGAUGCCCCAUAUACGGAGCCCCUCCACCCCAGAGCUGAGUGCCGAUGAGCUGCCUGAUGAUAUCGCCAAUGAAAUCACAGACAUUCCACAUGACUUGGAAUUGAAUCAGGAAGACUUCUCUGAUGUCCUGCCACGGCUGCCCGAUGACUUGCAAGAUUUUGAUUUCUUCGAAGGUAAAAAUGGAGAUCUCCUUCCAACAACAGAAGAGGCUGAAGAACUGGAACGGGCCCUACAGGCUGUAACUUCUCUUGAGUGCCUGAGUACCAUUGGAGUACUUACACAGACAGAUGGUGUGCCAGUUCAGGAGCUGUCAGAUAGAGGGAUAGGGGUGUUCUCUACAGGUGCUGGAGCUCCAGGAAUGCAGUCCUUGAGUCGAGAGGUUAACACGGAUCUGGGGGAGCUGUUGAAUGGGCGUAUAGUACAUGAUAACUUCUCCGGUCUGGAGCUGGAUGAGAACUUGCUCCGCUCUGCUACCUUGUCCAACCCACCUACGCCCCUGGCAGGGCAGAUCCAGGGGCAAUUCUCAGCCCCAGCCAACGUCGGCCUUACUUCUGCCACUCUGAUAAGCCAGAGUGGCCUUGGGGAGAGAGCCUUCCCAGGACAGUUCCAUGGACUUCACGAUGGCAGCCAUGCCUCCCAGAGGCCCCACCCUGCCCAGCUGCUGAGCAAGGCAGAUGACUUGAUCACCUCACGACAGCAAUACAGCAGUGACCAUUCACACUCCUCACCCCAUGGAAGCCAUUAUGAUAGUGAGCAUGUGCCGUCUCCCUACAGUGACCAUAUCACAUCCCCUCACACCACAUCCUUUUCUGGUGAUAACCUGGCAGCUACCUUUUCAGCAGAGAUGCCCAUGAUGGCACAGCACUUGCUCCCAACUCAGCUGGAUGUGCCACUUAGCGGGGUGGUCAACCCCAGAACUCACUGGGGAAACCUUCCUGUCAAUCUUGGGGACCCCUCUCCGUUUAGCAACCUUCUUGGUGCAGAUGGACAUCUCCUGUCCACCUCCCUGUCCACACCACCUACCACCUCGCACUCAGAGACCACACAGCCUGCCUUCGCCACUGUGACCCCCAACAGCUCCAGUGUGCUUCCGGGGUUGCCGCAGACCAGUUUUAGUGGCAUGGGUCCUGCCUCUGCUGAACUCAUGGCCUCCACCUCCCCUAAACAACAGCUCCCUCAGUUCAGCGCAGCUUUUGGGCACCAGCUGAGCUCCCACAGUGGCAUCCCCAAGGACCUGCAGCCCAGCCACAGCUCCAUAGCUCCUCCCACAGGCUUUGCAGUGACCGGUGCCACCGCUACCAGUACCAAUAACGCAUCUGCGCCCUUCACCACUUCCAGCUGAGCUUGUCUGCCUGGCUCUGUGCAGGUAGCAUCUGGCAUUGAAAACUUGGCUGCGCACAUUGAAUUGAGAAUAGUGCACUGAAGUCCUAAAACAAGACCAUGGUUCAAGAAUGACUUUGACAGCUUGUUAAGAUAGUGUCUUGAUCUCCUCUGUGUGCGUGUGUGUGUGUUUGGGGUGCAGGAAGCAGCAGUUCUUUUUCUGCUUUUGGUGAAAAAGUGGAAAAAGUGGGAUUUGUCCCCUUUUGGAUCUGGUCACUGUUCUUACUGCAUGCUGACUUUUAUUUUGAUGAUGAUGAUUUUUAAUUCAUUGAGCAGCAAGGGGAACAAUUGACUGGUUGCCCAUAAAUUUGAAGGCUGAUGCAAAACUAACCCAGAGGAAAAUAAAUAAAUAAAUAAAAACUAAACUAAACCAGAAACGUUGAAAUAGAAUAAUGGUAUAGUGAAGAUUCCUGUGCAGAAAUUCCCUUCCCUGCUGAAUUACUGUGGCCUUGUAACAUUGAUGAUUUGCCUUUUCAAGUGUGGCUUUGUCCCAGACUCCUUGCCUGACAGGCUGACAGGUAUUUUCCAGGUGAAACUGAAAGAAUUCAGUUGGUAUUCUGCCCAUCCACAUAAGUCUAGUUCAGGCCCUUUGGUAAGUUCCAAACAGAUGCAUUUCUCAAAUUGUUUCUGCCUAUUAUGACUUUGUUAGCUUUUUUUUCACACCAAGCCAUUUGUUUCUUAUGGGACUUAAUGCUCUUAACGUGAAGCUGUGUGUGUGUGAGGAACUAGCAGGUACCUAUCAGCAGUCAUGGCUAACCAAAAGAUAAAUCACUAAAGCAAAAUAGGUAAAUACGAGUUUUUUUGCUUUCUUUUUUUUUGGCAGGACAGUUUUGCUUUUACUGCCCACCUGCUGAAGAAAGUGUUCAGACUUUUAGGUAGUAAUUUCAGAGUAAUUUCAGUUCUUAUAGAAUGGAGUCCACUAGCUUUUAGAUGUUUUUAUUUUUUAUUUUGUUUUUAAUCCAAGGGAUAACAGCAGCAGAAAUCCAGAGGUGUUUACAUGUAUCUCUUUACUGGAAGGGAAAAAAGGAAUUCGCUUGCGACUUUAUAGGGCUCAGAUUUGCUACUAUACUUUGACUGUAAAAGUAACUUCUAUUUCAUUAGUAUAACAAGUCUCUACUAUUCUUGACUUGUUUCUGAGAUGCAAAUGAGAGAGAAUAGAAAAACCCACAUUUCAGUCUCCAACUGUAGAAGAGGGAUUUCCUUCCACCUUAGUGUAGUACAUCCUACCUGCAUAUAUUCUAGUCUAGUCCAGGAAACUGAGAACCAAGCACAUGUAACAGAGAGGCGUAAUAAAUUGUUUGAGCAACAGAUCUUUGAACUAAGUUUAGUUUCUAUAGAAAGUCAUUUCAUUAGCAGUCAGGCCCACAUUGAACUCUGACCCAAACCUCUCCUUUCAUCUUGCUAAAGAACAGAGUUUAAAUGGGAGAAGUCUUGUUCUCCUUACUAUCAUAGCAAUCAUACUAUCUCCUUUUCUUGAAAGGUUUGUCCUCCUUAAACUUAAAGGAGUAUGGAUGAUGUGUAUGUCCUUUAUGAAAUUGCAAGUGUAUGUGGGUGGAGGAAACAAAAAUGAUUUUCAUGCUUCUGUUGUUAUGAAGUCCUUAUUUCAUACUUGGUAAAAUAGAUCUUAAUAUAAGGCAGAUAUUUUUUAAGUGGUGAUUUAAAUAUGUUUGUAACAUUUAAAUGUUUUUAAAUCAUGUAAAAAGUUGAAUUGAAGCCUAUGAAAUCCUGCUUGUGAUUGUCCUGCUGAUUGAGGAAUGCCCAGUGGUAUUGUGAAAUGAGGCAAAUCUGAACAAGGCAUUUAUUUAUUUUUGUAUUAAGUUCCCCAUACUUUGUUGAGAAGACAACUGUUUGAUUUGCAAAUGAUUUUCCUUGUGUUUUCAUAUUCUUUCUUCAUGUUUUGGAUGACUGAAAAAGAGUGAAGAACUAGUAUACCAAAUGGUUAAUUCUUUAAUCUGCUUGUGUAUUUGUGUCAUUUUUAGAGGAUGUUAAUUUCUAUAAAUUGGUUUCAGGACUUUGGUCUUGAAAUGAUUCUUGUGCCCAUCAAACUCUCUAAUGAAGCUGCAGCUAUUUCAGAGUUUAAUUGCUCCACAUUACAUUUCUCUUUCUUAGCAAAUGCAGGGUGUGAAGGGGGGGAGGAAUGGAGGACCAAGUUCUGCUUGCUCAAAUUGGCAUAAAUUUCAGAGGAGCUCUUUGGAAUAAGGUCACUGUGAAUUUGUACUGGCGUAAUUCAGAACAGAAUCCAGAUCCUGAUCUGAGUGUUAUUUUAGUCAGGGAAUUUCAAAAGCUAUCAAAGUUACGCAGGUUCAUAAUUCUUAUUUGAAAUCAUUGGCCAUUAAGGAUCUGCAUUCCUAUAAAGCAGCCUAGGACAUCAGCUCUUCAGCCACUUAAACUUCAGUUUUGUAUAUCCCUUGAUGACCUUUUUCUGAAAAGUGAUUAGGUAACGUUUUUCAGUGAGCAAACUAAGUUUGCAGUAAACUGUACUAUUAAAAAUGAAUUUGUUCAUAUAGAUUGGAAGUAGGAAUCCCUCUGUCCUGUCUGAUAGAGUUCUGAAAUGGGCCACCAUUCUUGCCUUCUGUUUUACCACUGCCACCAAUACAGCCUGACGAGAACUUAGGAGAACUGAUGUUAGGUUUACAGGAGGGUUCGUGCCAGUAGGCUUCUAUACCUGCAGAGCCCAUUGAGUUCAGUGGAUCGGUGUCUUACUGCUGGAUUUAAAAGAUCCCAUUGAAAACCUUGCGCAGCCAAAAAUUCGGCACCUCUUCUUCUGGGAAGUGUUGCAGGUCUGGAUGAGGUGGUCCUUGUGUAAUUCCUGAAUAGCAUUCAUACUCUCUUGCUGAGGUUUUUGAAUAUCAUCUCCUUGUACAGCAAUUAGCACUCUAAUCGCCCUUUCACCAAAGAGUCGGUGUAGCAAUUGCAGUCCAUUGAUUUGAGCUGGUCAAUAUCUGUCAUGCCCUUUACAUAUGAAUAGAUGGAAUAAAGCUAGUUUAACUUAAAAGUUAAUUUCCUUACAUAAGAUUUGAGUUGUAGAGAAUUGAGAAAAGAAUUAGACCUAGAAUAAAGUACCAUUAGGAUCGUUUUUUGUUAAUAGCUGCAUCUCAAUUAUUCUUUGUACAAAAGUGUAAGAAUUGACAGAAUGACACAUAGCAGUGUAUGGAGGCUGAUAGGAGCAGCCUGAUGGUGGCCUGGUGUGUAAGGUGUUCUGUUAGACACACUUUCACUUCGGAAGAUUUGAGGCCGACUUUGAGGGGAGCUUAGAUACCUCAAGGCUGAUUUGUUCUUAGGCCUUGUCAUUAAUUGAUAGAAGAUGCAUCUGUGAUGCAAGCAGGUAGGAAAGAUGCCCUUUUUUGUCCCCUCCAGCUUUCAACUUCCCCCAGGUUCUUGCCUAGUUCUCUUCUCACUGGUAGCAAGCUUCUUUGUGUCUUUGGACAUAAAGGUCAGUGAAACAAUUACAUCAAUAAUGCUGAGAGGUAGCACAGAUGCAGGUCUGCCUCAUACACUAUAGUCUGCAACAGCUAGGCUUCCAACUUCUUUCUGCAGGUUAGUGAAUGAGGAUUCACAGUUACUGUUUGUAAACAUUAGAAUGCCUUGAGAAGCUUACAACACGUUAGGCAAAAAUCAGAGAUGGUAUUGGAAGUACAAAUGUAAGAGAAGAAAUGUUAAAAGAGGGGCUGGGAAUGAAUUUACAGGCUAGUACCCACAUUCAGUUAGAGGCACUGUUUUGUUGUAACCACAACUAAGUACAGUCUAGGGUUGAAUUGGCUUGCCAGGGAAGAUGGGUCUCAAGGAAUAAUACCCUGUAGAGGUGUCUUCACUGAGAAGUUGUCCCUAGUGAUUAAGUACACAUGCUGCUGGUCCACAUCUGAAGCUCCAACUCUUCCGUGGUGCUGUAGCAGCUUGGCUGCUGCAUUGCAUCAGCAGGACCAGCUCCCUGGAACUGAAUCUGUCAAGUGGUGGAAGGCAGUCCGCAGCAAGGGGAGUUUUCAGCAGGCAAACAGUAGGCAACUUACCUUUGGUGAUUCUUCUGCAGUGAGGCAUUGUGUGGGUGUCUUGGCAGCUUUCCUCAUGGGAUGUUUCUAUUUGCCUUUGAAUUUUUGCCAUGACAUGUAAAGAAGUCUCCUAUGCAGGCCAGUUGCAACUGCAAUGACCACAUCCUCUGGUGGUGGAGAUACUAACUGAAGGAGUAGGUUUGGAUCUUUUGAGUGAUAUUUAGUGCUGGGGUGUUGUGGGCUGCUCCUCUUCCCCUCUCUGCUCCUUUUAUUUCCUUCCCUCUGCAUUCUCCAUCAUUCUUUCUUUUAGUCUCCCAUCCUCCAGUGUAGGUAGUGCCAACCAUAAGUCUUCUGUGGCUUGAUCCUGAGUGAAUGUGGCUGUGAAACACAAAGAAGGAGAGAUUCCUGCAUUUCAUAGCAUACAUCUGGGGUGCUAGAAUGACAGUGUACUAGACGUGAAAUAUAUCUCAGCUCAGUGAGUAAGGUUUCACAGCACACUGAUAGGUUGGAUGCUGAGGAGCACACACAUCAGCAGUGAAUGUGUAGGCUUUUAGUGAGCAUCUGCCUUCUCACAGAUUUUUCUUGUUUUGAGGGUGCAUCAGUAGAAAAUCACAAAAGUUAUAGAUUAUUCUCUUUAAAAGCUGUAUGAAGAAGCCCAGCUAAAAGUAAAGAUAAUUGGGGGAAAAAUUGACGUUUGAAUUUACUAAGCUUAAAUUUGAACUUCAGGUGACUCCUAGCCUGUGAGAGACCUUAGCUCUUUCAGCUAAAUUGUUGGGAAUGAAAAAUCUGUGGGAGAAGGAGGAAUUGCAGAAUAUUAUGUCUUGGAACAAUUUUCUCACACGUAUCUUCAGCCAUUUAAACACAAACCAAAAAAGUGACUCAGUUAUGGGAGCUUUUCCUUUGCUGUUUGCUACUUGUCUCCUGGUUGUUGGUUCUUUGUUUUCCCCUGUUGUAUUCUGCUUCCACACCCUUGUUCUCUGGCCCCUGUGGAAUAGGGUGGCAGUGGAGCAUGAAAGAAGUCAGUGGGCUUGGCUGUAGAUGGACAUCAGUAGAGAAAGCUUUCUUUUUCCAGCUCCUUAUAAGCAUUGGCACCUUUUCAGUCUUCCCUGGCUCACAGAAUUUAGUUGGAAGUCAACAGGUUCAAAUUCAGGCUUUUGACCUUAAAACUGUACAUAGAUGAUGAGGGAAAAAUGCAUUCCUCGUGCUCCUUCCCCUCCCUAGCCCCCAAGCACACACACAGUGAGAUACACAGAGUACAUGCGCGUGCACUUGGUCCAGCAGCACUAAUGUUUUAUCUGCUUGCUGCCUUCACCAGCCGGCGCCCAUGGAAGUGAGCUCUGGGUAGGUGAUGUCCCCAGAUAUCCUCUGGAAAACUUUAACUUUGAUGCAGAUUGCUCUAAUGUAGCUGACUGACAUGGCAUUUGCUUCUGCUUUGGAGUGGAUGAUUUACCCUGUAAUGACUCUAACCUGCGUUCCAAACAGCAUAGUUGGUCCCAGUGAAAACAGAUUGAUUCUGAAGUGAUGAACAGUUGGGUUCUCAUGCAAAAUAUCUACACAUCCUACCAGAAGGGGUUGAACCAGUUUCUCUGAACAGUGAUUACCUUCACUGUACAGUUUUGGGUAUGUCUCAGGGAUUCCUUGUGGAAAUAAGGGCAGUUAACAAAAAAAAAAAAAAAAAGAAAAAAAAAGAAAAAAAAAAAGAAAAAAAAAAGUAAAUAGUUUUAAAAGUAAAUAAUAAUUUAAGGUAGAGCGUCAUCUAAGUGAGAGUGCAAGAAAGAGAAAUCCGUGUUCAAUUUUCUAGUCCACUGUCUGGCUUAGGGACUCUUUCUCUUCUCGGGGCUCUCAAGAUCAACAUACAGAAUCUUUUUCAUCACGCUCAGCUUUAAACUUUUUAUUUAAAGAUACCCUUCCCCAAUGAGCUUUCAGAAUACUUAUUGUAGAUUUUAAGAGAAAUGGUAUAUUAAUUUAUGCUAUUAACAUCACCUCAUAAAUUAUAAGUUUUAUACUAAAGCUGUAUUGAGUGUAAUGAAUUAUGUUGCAUAUGUGUUUUUAAUGGCUAUAAAAUUAUAUACAAGCUUUUUUGGGAAGACAAACUAGUGAAGCACCUUUUUACACUGGAUUUUGCCGUGUCAAGGUGUACAGCUAUUCUUUGCUACCUUGCAGAUAUCUAUAUCUAUAUCUAUAUAUAGAUAUAUAUAUAUAAUUAAAAUAAAAUGGUAUCCUGUAUCAACAAAGCAUAGAACUCUUUUUAACCCUUAUAUUACUGUUCCUAUAUCUCUUUUUAAAUUUUACUUUGAGUGUUACAUUCUGCAAUAAUUUAUCUGUGGUUUGUACCUUUGAUUAGACAUUUAGUUACAGGGUAAAUAGAUCAAAUUAAAAAAUCCAACUACUGUAGCUGGAAGUUGUGAACCAAGUUUUAAGACUUUUUUUUUAAUGUAUUUAUUUCCAGUUAGCUCUGUGAGUUGGAAUUUGAAAAGUCAGAACAUUAGAAAUCUCAGUGUCUUAUUCAGGAAUUUUCCCCCUCCUUUCCUCACAAAGGAAUUCCCACUGUGACUUAUAAAUAGAAUUAGACUGCUUGUGUGCAUGUAUGUAUGAUAUAUACACACAAAAAAUAUGCAUUGGGGGGGAUGUAUGUGCGAUAUGAAUGUGUAUAAUGUAUGUAGGUCAUAGUUUUGUAAAGAGAAAAGUAGUCGAGAGGUGAUGGAAUGUAUUGUAGAAAUGUGAUUAUUUAGUAGGGGGUUCCUAUGUCCUCAUUGUUGUAUAAAUAACUCAAACUCUCUACUAUAUAAUCUUCUGUUAUAAGGCUAAUUCUGAUAUCAUGUCAAUUUUACUGUUUUUUAAAUGACUAGCAGUGAGCCCUGUUUAAAAUGUCAUGAAAAUACCAAGCUCCCAAAGACAGCCUUUACAUAAAAUACAUAGAGGAGGAGGAGGGAUGGGAGAAUUGAGUGAUAUUUUUCAGGAGAAUUUGAAAUGGAGAGUUCUGUGAUGACGACGAGACAGAAGGAUUAUGUAUUUUUGCAAAUUAAUACUCCUUUGGUGUGAGAAAGGUGGAAAAUGUGGUUAACCAGUUGUACUUGGUUUUCAACUCAGGUUGUAAGGAGCACUGGUUGAGGACUGAUCUCCAUUCUGUAAGAGGCUCUUGUCUUCAAAGCAGAUUCUUUUCUUUCCUGAAGGUCUUUGUGUGUAUUGAUUUUGCUCCAGAAUUGCUGUUUUGGGAUUAGAGCAAAAUACACUUUCAGCCCAGGGAAUUCCACUUGUGAGUUUUGGAAUUUGGUUUUGGCCAUUUAGCUUUUUUCAUAAUUGGAGAAUGAAGAUUUCUUUGAGAGUUCUCACUUGAAAGGGUGAGGAAUCAGAAACAUUCUUACAUUUUUGCUUACGCUUCAUACUGUGCAUCAGUUAUAACAUUUAGGCUGGAGAAAAGUAAAACCUAAAUGUUAUUUGUUCAUACAGUUUCACUUUUAGUGAUGCUGAUCUCAGUGGCUUUAAAAAUCUGUUUAGAUGAACAGAGCUUCCAGUAUUUCACAGACAUUUUAAUUUUUUGUUUGUUUUUUUUUUUUUUAAAGCAGUUGCAAAUCAAACCUUGAAGUUUUUGUACAUUCCCUUCCCUCUCAGUACGUCCAUGACACAGUGCAUUUCCUUUCCCAUGCAUCUGCAUGUACGAGUGAACAGGGCAGGGAGGUGGCUGUUGUCAGAGGCCUUUCCUUCUCAUUGUGUGGUGGUAAUAGGAGCUAGCAGCAUAAAUCUGUAUGCCUUUUGGGGAAAAACAGACCUGCUUCUGUGUAUACCUGUACAGAGAGAGAUAUCUGUAUAUGAGAUGUUGGUAGCACUUUGCUGAAUGUGCUCUUGUCCUCAUGAUGCACGAUAAAUAGGUAUGAAUGCAAUCAAUCUAUAUGUGUGUAUAUAUAUAUAUAUAUAUAUAUGCAUACAGAUGUAUAGGUGGAAUAUAUGUAGUAUCACACACGUGCAUUUGUUGUUACAUGAACAAGUGUGUGAGCUGAAAGAAAGACUAGCCAUAAGCUAUGUGUAACAGGUAAGCACGUGGUGCCAAACAAGGUGGUCUUAGUUCAUCUGAGGGCUUUGGUUGGUGUCAGUGAUUGGUCUGAUCUUGGUCACCACUGAUUUUUGUUACCUCAGCCCUCAAAGCAGAAUUUCCUUGGUACAUUUUUGCUUCUGUGUAUAUUAAUACUCAGUGAGGCCUCUUGCAAUGCCGACCUCUUUUGCUUUGCUACUCCAUUACUUUCAUUCCAGCUCUUCCCUGUCCCAGUAUCUCCGAAGCUUAUCAUGCUAUAGAAGUGAGCAGCUCUAAUGGCCUAGUCCAGCCCUUCCUAUGCAUUAGGGAAAUUUUCUGGGUGAUUGCAGUGGCAGCUGAAUUGGGCCCGGAGCAUUUGCUUGACCCUAGGCAGAUUUUUCCAGUUACUCAAUUGUACUUGACCAUGACUGUGACUGAUUUGUAGAUGAACGCUAACUUCUCUUAGAAACUGAUGCAAAGUUACCUAGCAUAUUAAAAGGUUAACCCAGCACUACGAUUCAGAGGUAAAUACUCAAAAUGAGAAAAGCAAACCCACUGAAAACAUCUUAAUUUUCAGCCCCAGGGAGAAAAAGGGAGCUCAGUGUGCCUUUCCCAUAAGGAGAGCAAUGAGCAGAAGGCAGCCUUGUGCUGGUUCUGAGCAGCGCUGUUGUCAAACAUAUCAAAAGAAACACAGCUCGUUAGUUUUACCAAUAAACAGAUUUUAAAGUGAGCUGCAGAGUUGACCAUUAGCAUGCAAGAACUUUGCAUCUCAUUGUGCAUUGAAUGAUUUUGCUUAUGCAAGUAAAUUGUGUUUUUAAGUAUCUUGUUUCAUUUUCUGGCUAGCUGGAGUUCCCCUGUAGUUUUAGCAGAAAGCAGCUGUCAGAAACCUGCUCAGUCACACGUAAGCACUGCUGACAUUCAUGGCUUGCUUACCUGUGGUUUCAGAGGAGAGCGCAGCUCCAUUCUGCCAUCAGGCCUUACUGCAGUCCAUGUUUUUAGUCUGGGUAUGACACUGUUUUUCUUGGCCACAGUUCAGCCAUGGAAUUUUGUCUUCCUUGCAUUUCUAUUAGGAAAAGGUAACUGAUGUACUCUUCCAUCUUUCAUGCAAUCAUACAUGACGAUAUCUAUAAUACAUAUGUUUGGGUGUGUGUAUGGGUAUGGCUGUGUACUGUGUGUGUAUAAUACAUAUAUGCACACAUAGAUGACCCUAUUUCAGUUUAUGUAUGUGGAGAACAUACUUGUUGGUCCUCUCCUGGUAUAUACUCAUGCAUUCGUAUAUUAAAUAUGUAUAUAGAGUGUAGAUGUCCUGCAUAUACAUGUGUAUAUGUUACGAACCUUGGAUGGCAUUUUUUUAAACAUUUUGCAAAUCGCUGUCCCUUAUGAGAUAUUUUCUCUGAAGCUGCAUUAUAUAGAAGAAAUGGAGAAAUGUGUUAUCAAAGUUUUAUUUUAAAAAGGAGACUCUUAAUUAUCUAAAGCCAUUUGUAAUUGUCUUUUGAAUUUUUACUAGAAGGGUUGUUAUUAAAAAAGAAAAAAAAAAAAAGAAAAAGGAAAAAAACCAAAAAACCACCACCAACAACAAAGCAAGCAGACCUUACUCCCACCAUCACUUAAGAUGGAAAGAAAGAAAUGGAAGUGCAAGUUGCAAAGUAUUUAUUUCCUUCUGAGGCAUAUUGGAAUCACGUUCUGCCCACCUCCCUUCUCUAAAUAGAAUUAAUGAUUCAUGGUUUCUUUUACACAGCUUUCCCCAUUAUUUUACCUUCUUCAGUCACUGUUCACCUCCUACAUUUGGUAGUGCUGAUGGCACUGAGGAGAUCUCGUGCUCUUCUGUACUUUCCAGGAAUAAUUCUGGUGCAUCACUGUCGUGUUUCACGUUAACAUACUCGUGGAGGAUGGAUAUUUUUUAUGAAGAUGUCUGUAACAAGUCUUUAACUUAUUUAAUGUGAGAAGCCUUUGCUGGAGUCUGUUGUUUCUUUCCAAAGACAUUUGCUUUUUUCAUCAUCAUUCAUUAGUUACCUUCUUAUUUAAUGCCUGAGGUUUUAGGGUUUGGGUUGUAUUAUUGUGGGGGUUUUUUUUGUUUUUUUUUUGUUUUUUUUUUGCUUUGUUUUUAAAUUCCCCCAAAAUGUUUAUCUGCAAGUGGAGCAAAAGAGGUGUCAGCCCCACCAAUAUCCUCUUUGCAAUUAAGAAUAAAUAUCUAUGUUUUGGGUUUAAUAAAAGAGAAGGUGGCAAAUGGACAAUCUGAAGUGCUUUAGAGGGGACGGUCACUCUUUUCAAGGCUGUCUCAGAGAAGUUUGUGUUUGGUGUCAUUUUAAAGGCAGUGUGAUCGCACUGAUAUCAGAAACAGCCUUCUAACAAAGAGCCUCGUACAGCUGUUUGGCCACUCGAGUUUAAAACAUAAAGUUGCAGUGGGAAAGCACAGGUGAGGCAGUGUAUUUGAACCAGUGAAUUGUAGCUUGCAAACGUAACUGAUUUUGAAGUAACUGCAUGGUAGCAAGGAUUAGCAGUCUCUUACACCCCUUCCUUGUUCCCUUUCAUCCCCAACAUGUAUUCAGCAUACCAUACAUUGGGAAAAAUGACAGCUUGCUACAGCAAAGCUAAAUCCAAUAGUGACUGCUUAAAGGGAACAUACAAACUCGCACUGCCGCAUUCUGUACCACGCUGACGGGCACAAAAAGCCCCGACUGCUUCUGCAGAUGUGCUGUGUUGGGGAGAGCGGAACCUGGGGAUGCCCAAGGAGAGCAGUCGCAGUGCCAGCAGCUCCCAGAGCGGUUCUGACAGCGUUCCAGGGUGGGUAGGAAAGCUCCUGUUUGUACUUCCCUUUAAAUAGGAUCAGUUGGCUCACAUGUUCCUCAUACUUCUCAAUGAAUGUACUGUAUUACCAUUAAAAAAAAAAAAAAUCAAUGAAAAUGAUGAUAGAUUGGUCUCCUUUUGUUAUCUGGUCCUUGUUUAAUUUGUUUAAGGGUUUUUGUAUACAAAAGUUUACAUUUUUAUGUAUAUUUUUCUUGUGUAAAAACUGAUGUAAUAUGUGUAUAAAACACUGUAUGUAUUAUCUGUAUAUAGUGUGACAAAAUGAUUUUCUUUCUUUCUUUUGGAUGUAUUAAUAAAUCUUGCUGUGAA